UUGCAAGAGCAGGAUCGGAAGAGCAAACCAAGAGCAAACACUUGGCAUUAAGUUUAGCCACCUAGUUUGCUAGGCGGUGUAUAACGUAACUGCUUGUAUAUCUCUACAGUCUCCAGAGCUGUCUCUUGUGUCAUUAAAGCAGUAAGCAACGUAAAGAGCUAGAGUACUAGAUUGAGUGCAUUCAAACCCGGUGUAGUGCAGUAUUAAACUUCAAGAAUGGCAGUCCGGGCCAUGUACAACUACACAUACGAGUAUGAGGGCUGUAAAAUAUCCUUCAAGAAAGACGAGGAGUUCCAGCUGUUGGCAAAAUCCAAUAAAGAUUGGUGGCAAGUAAGACGAUGGAGCGGUGAGGGGUGUGCUCAAGACAUCUACGUGCCUGCCGUUUACGUCAAAGAGGUCAAGAGUGAACCUAAGAAGAGGGAGAAUCUCUAUCAAAACAUUUCAGAUGUCCGUAAACAAAUUACGCACCUUUCCACUCAGGAAAAGUCCAAUGGUGAUCUGGGAAGUAAAAGUACGGCUCCCACAGUUUUACCCAAGGUUGUUGCCAAUAAUCCAUCUGAGCCUGUUAUAUCCCCCUCGCAUAAAAGACCACCUCUGGUUGCUAAGAGAUCAUUCGAUAAGUUUUCGGAAGAAAGACCUAACCACGUAGAUUUGAGUAAAACUGCACCUUUGUCUGUUCUCGAACGAUUGAGUCGUCAAUCCUCAUACAGAAAGGCAGCAGAAAUACCUCCAGCACCAUCUACUAGCUCUAAACCGAGAAGUAAAAGCACAGCUAAUGAUCUAAAUUCACCUAAAGAUUUGCCUUCACCACAAGAAAGCGGCCCUGUCUUUAAAAUCCCUCCUCCCACAAAACCGAAAGGUCAAAAACCCGUCCGAGAACGCCCUCAAUCAAUGGUUGUGACAAGUCCUACAAACGAAUCGCCACCUGAGCUAGCAGAGCCUCAAGUGAGAGUGAAUGCUGUUGCUUCUGCGUUAGAAGCUGCCUUUGCUGCUCGACAAUUGAGCAAAGAGUCGGAUGGUGUAUUGCGUAGUUCUUCAGGACCCAGGCAUCGUCCUGUGCAUACGGAGACGAGCAAACCGGCAGACAUCCCAGCUAAAUCUCUCAAUCUACACAAGACGCCAUCACCAAAGUCUGAGGUGUCCAAUCUAUCUUCCAUGUCUAACGGAACGGAGGAGCGCUCCUCACCGGUGUCACCCUCCCUGCCACCUGAUUGGACGGAGCACAAGACGAGCAGUAGCCACCUCUACUAUUACAAUACCUCCACGGGUCAGUCUUCAUGGACACGCCCAUCUGAGACUGCUGACAGCACAGCAGAGAAUACCAAAUCACAGUUGGAGAAGCGUCCUCCUCGUGGGUGGACUCGUCAAAUCAACCCGAUUACAAGUACACCCAUUUACACCAACUCCCGGACUGGUGAGAGGUGGUCAGUAGCCAGCGAUGGAGCAGGCAACUUCUAUUACUACAAUAUGACUAACCCCUCCCUCACUGUGGGGGAGCUGCCUGCUGUGGCAGAGGCUCCUGUCACUGAAAGUGCUCAUGCCACACCCACUAGAGCCCCUUUCCCUCAGGAAAACAUUUACGACACCCUAGCCCCUAUCGCCGGGGAACCAGAGAAUCAACCUCGUGCCCCUGUGGAAGAGAUCAAGCCGAUGCCUCCAGCUCCUGUUUUCCCAGUAGCCUCUCAUCUCGGAGUGUUUGCCAACUCUCUCUCAGGCUCAAUGAACAAGCAUGGCUAUGUACACAGAAAGAAGGUGCAUGACUCACAGGGAAAAAAGUGUAAGAGCAAUUGGCAGAAGUUGUACGUGAUGCUACAGAGCCCUGAGUUGUUGUUCUAUUCUGACCACAAGUCCAGGGAGUUAUCAGGAGCAAAACCCUUGUCCACAUUCUCCCUCCUUCAUGCUACCAUCCGCCCCUGCGCCAAGGAAAAAGACAAGAAAAAGAAUGCCUUUCAGGUGAGCUCACCGUUUGGAGAGCAGUUCUUGCUACAAGCCGACUCUAUGCCCAUCAUGAACAACUGGUACACUACCAUCCAAGCCACCAUAGACAGUACUAAUCAGGAGUACAAAGAUCAUCCUGAGCGGUUCAAGGACUCCCUGCCAGAGGACGACGGGGAGCACUCUCCCAAACUCAAGAAGGGCAGAAGAGCUUUAGGCAGGUCCACCAGUAAUGCAGAAGAGCUUGUUGAUGAUGAGAAUGACCCAAUGUUCAUGGAUGAUAUUACCCCAGAAGACAAAUCAGUUCGUGUGCGCACGCGGCUAAAGAAACUGAUGGCCAAGAGGCCACAUGCUGAACAGCUCAGAAAGAAAGGAAUUCUCGAGGACCCAGUGUUUGGAUGUGAGCUGGAGACGCUGUGUGAGCGAGAGGGGAGCAAUGUCCCACGGUUCCUGGUCCGGUUCAUGGAGCACAUUGAAAAGGAGGGCCUUGAUGUUGUCGGUAUAUACAGACUCUCCGGGAACGCUGCCUCGGUCACCAAACUCAGAUACCAAGUCGAUCAAGGAGAGGACAAUCUCAUCCACCUGGACGAUCAGGAGUGGGCUGACAUAAACAUUGUGACCGGGUGUCUCAAACUCUAUCUCAGAGAGUUGCCUGAUCCUAUCAUUCCCUUCAGAAUGUUCAGGAGCUUCAUAGACUCUGCAAGAGCAUCGUCUCAAGCAGAGCGAGUACAGAAUAUUGUAGCAAGAGUGAUGGACUUACCAAAACCCAACUACUGCACACUAAAGGCACUGAUACAACACUUUAAAAAAGUGGUGGAGCAUGGACAUGUCAACAAGAUGCAGGCUUCCAAUGUAGCCAUAGUAUUCGGACCGACAUUAAUGAGAGCAGAAAUGGACUCAAUGGAAAUGGCCAUACUAAUGCCAGUACAGAAUGGAAUUGUUGAGAUAAUGAUUAACAAUUAUGAGUCUGUUUUUCGGAAGUAAACUAUGUACAGUUUGUGUCAGUAGUUUAUUGCAGCGCUUGUGUUUGUAUGAAUGUUUAAUGUUUACUAUGUUACAUGUAGUGCUCUCAUCUUCAAGAAA